GAUGAUAACAUCCAUAAACUGGUUUUUUUUUAAAGAGAAACUUGAGAUUUUUAGUGUAAAACGUGCGCAUGUUAAGUCAUUAAAGAGUCCUUUGGCUGCUGAGAACAUUUUAUUUUUAAAUGACAUUGUUAAAAAAUUUCGGAGUCGGAAUCGGAGUUGGGUUUCGGAAUGAAAAAAGUUGACUCCGCAGGUCUCUAUUGAACUGUGAGCUGUCAGACAUCUAUGUAUCAUAGUGAAUAUCUAGAAGAUUUCGUAUUAAAUUUGGAAUAAUGCAGUUGAAUGCGUAACAAAAAACACAGCAGAUGACUAAUAGAAAUAAAUGUGAUUUAUAAAAUUUCUUAAGAAUAAGAUAAUUAAAUAAAAUUUUAUUAUGAACUAUUUCUAUUUUAGUUAUACUCCAUUAGUUAUUGCUAUUCAACAAAUGCUCGAAUAUGAUAAUGUUAAUCGUUUAUCCGAUGGAAAAUUACGUGAUCGUGAUCGUGAACAAUUAAAAGAUAGUUUUACAUCUGUUAAUACAGCUAUUGAUAAUUUACGACUACAAUGUCAAGAAUAUAUCGUUAGCGAUGUUGAUUUACGUGAUCGUUUAAAAAAAGAAGGCAAAAUGUUAAUUAUGGAUAUGUUUAAAACUUAUUAUAAUAAAUUUGCAAAUAAAGAUUUUACAAGAAAUCGUGAAAAAUAUAUUCGUUAUGAUCCACGUACACUCGAAUCGAUUAUUGAUAAUUUUUUUGAAAAUCGUUUAUAA